GUUAAUACAUUCAUAGUGGAUUCUUGUGUCGUUAUUCUAGGAUAACUUUCCGUCUGGCGCCACCACUUUUUCGCUCAUUUUUACAAAAAGGGAUAUAUCAAUCAGGUUGAUUGAUUGACUCGGUUACAAAGCUAUUCAUUACUCAGCAGACGGAAGACAUCUCAUACAGCGGUUUCAAGGAAUGGCUCAACGAGUAGAACAUGAUAAAGAUGGGGGAGGAGUAUCAUCUGUAGAUCAGGCUGUUCCAUCAGGGCAGUUUGAUGAUGCAGAUGUGGUGGAUGAAGUCUCAAGCAUUCUCAAGAUGGAGUCUUCAAAGAAUAAAACUAGUGUUCUAAGUCCACAAGAAAUCGAGAAGGGCAGGACCAUUGAAGAUAAAAUUGCACAGAUGAUGACAGAGAAAGAUGAAGAGGAAUUCGAUGAAGAAAGUGACGAUGAGCUAUGGGCCUGGGAGGAGCAAACAACAGAUUUCACAAAAAGAUUCAACGCAUCUCGUUCAAACUCCUCACAGCAACCAAAUGCAUCCCAAGCAAAAAGUCAGAAGGGAAAAAAACAAUCGAACUACCAGCCCCAAGAGAAGUCUUUGACGAAAUUUGCCAACAAGAUAACGAUAGAGAAAUACGAGGGUCCUCGAGGGCUACCGGACAGUGCUACAAAUCAGAUGAACCGCACCAAUAAGAAAUCAGAGUCUGACAGAGUUCGUGUAAAGGAUAAGGCAGACAGAGCUACGAUGGAACAAGUACUAGAUCCGCGGACGAGGAUGAUUAUUUUCAAGCUCUUGAGUCGUAACUUCAUAAGUGAAAUAAAUGGCUGUAUUAGCACAGGGAAGGAAGCCAAUGUCUACCAUGCCACAACCAAAACGGGUCUCCAUCGAGCUAUUAAGAUUUACAAGACAUCAAUUUUGACAUUCAAAGACAGAGACAAAUAUGUUGCCGGAGAAUUUCGAUUUCGUCAUGGUUACUGCAAGCGAAACCCUCGUAAGAUGGUGAGAACAUGGGCAGAGAAAGAAAUGAGAAAUCUUAUAAGAAUCCAUUCUGCUGGGAUUCAGUGUCCUGAGCCACACUUGCUGCGUGGACAUGUUCUUGUUAUGGACUUCAUAGGAACAGAUGGAUGGCCGGCACCAUUGCUAAAGGAUGUCUCGAUAUCAGAGAGCAAAGCCAGGGAGCUUUACUUGGAUUGCAUUCAGAUGGUACGACAGAUGUAUCAAGAUGCACGCCUCGUCCACGCUGAUCUCAGCGAGUUCAACAUGCUUUUCUGUGAUGGUCAAUUAUAUGUGAUUGAUGUGUCUCAGUCCGUUGAACAUGACCAUCCCCAUGCCCUGGAGUUUCUGAGAAAAGACUGCACGAAUAUUACAGACUAUUUCCGGAAGAAUGAAGUGUGUACGAUGACUGUACGAGAGAUGUUUGAUUUUGUAACAGACCCCAACAUCACCAAUGAAAAUAUCGACGAUUAUCUUGAGAGGGCAAUGAAUAUAGCAUCGGAGAGAUCUGAACAGCAACAAACAGAGCAAGAGAAGAUUGAUGAGGAGGUAUUCAAGGCAGUCUUUAUCCCUCGUAACCUUGAUGAUGUAGAUGACUAUGAGAAAGACAUCUUGAAGGUUCAAGAAGGACAGACAGAUGAGAUCUAUUACCAGAAACUGACUGGAUUGGAGAACCAAGGUGAUGCAACAAAAAGUCCUUUAGAUGAUCGUAUCGACUCGGAAGGUGAAGAAGAAGACAACAUGAUGGAGAAAGAUGAAGAAUCCGCGGAGGAUCAGAGCGGCACCAAAGUUCACCAUCGACCACGAGAUGAGUCGCCCAACUCUAAAAAGGAAAGGAAGAAAGCUGUUAAGGAAGAGAAGAGAGAAAACAGACAAACCAAGACGCCAAAACACAUCAAGAAACGUAAAGAGAAAAUGGCAAUGAUGCGGAAAGGAGUCCAUAAAUAGUCAAUGAUCUUAGAUGUACUAUUAAUUUAUAUAGUGUACAAACAUUUCCUUUUUAAAGAUCAAGUAUUUUACUUAUAAAUGAGGGGAAAUGAACUUGAAAGACAGUGUACAGUCGACUGUCGAUAUAACAAGGUUGCUGGUUCUGGCCCACUUUUUAUACCUCUUUACGGCAAAAAUAAAAUAAAGAAACACAAAGUAUUAAAUGAGAUUUGGGAAAUAAGUUGUUUGUAAGCAGAACCUCUUUAUAAUGAGGGUUAACUGUCAAAAAAAAUAAUAUUGUCGUGAGGAGAUGUAUCUCAACUGGCUUUAAGCAGAAAAUAGCGAUUACAAAACUAUAAUGAUCGGGAAAAACAACCAGUGAACCAGUGACCAAAAACUGUGCAAAGGGCAUGGUUUUUGGUUGGUAUCUGUGCUGAGUACAUUUUUGUGCUCGAGCAGCUCAAUGAAAUAUAAUAGUGUUCGCUCAAAAAAAUAAAAUUUCACCAUCAAAAUAAAUUCUACAUUGUCAUAUUGAUUAGAAACUAUCAAAUUGAAUUUCUUUAGUCAACUAUGCAGAUAUAAAUGAAUUUGUUGUGUUAUAUUGCCAGCGUGUAUCACAAUUUUGUCUGGAAAUGUCUCUGAUAUAUUUUCACAUUUUUGGAAGAAAUGUACUACUGGGAAUAAAUAAUAGCAAAUUUGAAAAAUUUGAAGUUAUCACCCACA